ACGCAGAUGACAAACUGGGAGCCAUUUCAGUGGGGUCCAGCAUUUGCCAUGGACAAGAUGUCAGGACCCAUCGUCUUCAAAAUGAAGUUCUCAUCAGCGAAGUUCUCCCUGCUAAUUGGAUUUGUCACUGGUACCACGAUGUGUGAAUUCAUCACCCCAACACAUAAAUGCAGGCGUAAGUCUGGGAAAGCAGGAACCAAAUCUAAGCAGAAAGCUUCAGGUAUCUUCCCAGGGCCUAGAGAACCAAGUUUUCUGCUUUGGAAUAUUGUCUGCAAACAGCUUGAGGAAGACAUGGCCCAAGACGCCCAUUAGUGGUCAUAUCUGCGCAUGAGCAUGCUGUUGGCUCAGCAAGUCCGCAAAGAGGCCAGUAUGAGUUUUUCAACAACAGCCUUGCAAAGCAAAUACUGUUCUAAUUCUGAUCUUAUAGAUGGUGAAACCAGGCCUGGUGCUCUCUUUUAUGCUGUGAUGCUUGUCUGUAGGGAUGGGGGAGUUCUGACAGUGAGGGAACAAGGGGACCCUGAAGCCUCAGUAGAAGAGGUGCCAUGUGUUGUGUGUUUUGCCCUCCUGGCCAACACCCUCUACUCUUGCCUUUUCUCCCUCUCCUGGUUGAUUCAGCACUGGCUCCAGCUGGUCCUCAGAAAAAAAGAGGAUCACCUGUCUUGAAGCAGGAAGGAGGAAGCCACACCUCUCUUGUCCACUUCUCGGGAGCCAAAAAAAAAAAAAAAAAAGUAGGCUCAACUCCCUCAGUGAACAGGGAAUCCAAAUGAAAACCACAAUGAGACACCUGCACGUGUAUCAGGAUGGAUAGUGUGAAAUGGAUGGACAAUAUAGAGGGUUGGUGAGGAUCUGAACAACUAGAACUCUCAAGCACUGCUGGUGGGGGUGUAAGCUAGUACCACCACUCAGGAUAACCAUUUGUCCGUGACUGGGGCAAAACAUAUGCCUGCCCUAUGACCCAGCAAAUCUAUGCUUGCACACAACUCUGUAGUGGCACCACUCAUGCAGCCCGAACAGGAAACUAAUCCAAAUGCCCAUCAACAGGCAUCCAACGGAUAGUCAUGCAAUGAGAUACUACACAGCUUUUAAAGGAAUGGACCGCUGAUACAUGAUACACACAAUCUGGGAAGCCUCGCACAAACAGACCAUCUGUCCCUGGUCCCAAGAGGACCUGUCUUCCUGGAUGGCGGAGUGGACUAUCUAUACACUAGUCCCAUGGCCCUGACCUGCUGACCUCUCCCUCUUGGCUGAUUUCUUCAUGUUAGUUCAACAUUAACCCAGAGUGGUCAGGACAAGUCCUCAGAGUCCCAGGAGCUGACACACUAUGGCGCACAUCCGAGGCCUCUGGGUACCUGGCUGCCUGGCCCUAGCUGUCCUGUGUAGCCUUGUGCACAGCCAGCAUGUGUUCCUGGCCCCUCAGCAAGCACUCUCGAUGCUCCGGCGGGCCCGCCGCGCCAACAGCGGCUUUCUGGAGGAGUUGCGCAAGGGGAACCUGGAGCGAGAGUGCGUGGAGGAGCAGUGCAGCUACGAGGAGGCCUUUGAGGCCCUGGAGUCUUCCACUGCCACGGAUGUAUUCUGGACCAAGUACAUAGCUUGUGAGUCGGUGAGGAAACCUCGAGAAAAGCUCAUUGAAUGUCUGGAAGGUAGCUGCGCUGAAGGUCUGGGCAUGAACUACCGCGGGAACGUGAACUUCACCCGGUCAGGCAUCGAGUGCCAGCUCUGGAGGAGUCGCUACCCACACAAGCCUGAAAUCAACUCUACCACCCACCCUGGGGCUGACCUGCAGGAGAAUUUCUGCCGUAACCCGGACGGCAGCACCACUGGGCCCUGGUGCUAUACUACAGACCCCACCGUGCGGAGGGAGGAGUGCAGCAUCCCUGUCUGCGGCCGGGAGGGCGUCACUGUGCAGCUGACCCCACGCUCCAGAGGCUCCACGGUGAAUCUGUCACCUCCAUCGGAGCAAUGCCUCCCUGAGCGUGGCCGGUACUACCAGGGUCGCCAGGCGGUGACCGCACUUGGGUCCCCCUGCCUGGGCUGGGCCAGCAGUCAGGCCAAGGCCCUGAGCAAGGACCAGGACUUCAACCCUGCCGUGCCGCUGGUGGAGAACUUCUGCCGCAACCCGGACGGGGACGAGGAGGGCGCGUGGUGUUACGUGUCGGAGGAGCCCGGUGGCUUCGAGUACUGCGACCUGGACUACUGCGAGGAGCCGGUGGAGGAGGUGGGCGACGGACUGGUCGAGGACCCGGACGCGCCCAUCGAGGGACGCACCGGCGACGAGAAGUUCCAACCCUUCUUCAACGAGAAGACCUUUGGCGCCGGGGAGGCAGACUGUGGGCUGCGGCCUCUGUUCGAGAAGAGGUUGGUGAAGGACAAAACGGAACACGAGCUUCUGGAUUCCUACAUCGACGGGCGCAUCGUGGAGGGUUCGGACGCGGAAAUUGGCCUCGCGCCCUGGCAGGUGAUGCUAUUCCGGAAGAGUCCCCAGGAGCUGCUCUGUGGGGCCAGCCUCAUCAGUGACCGCUGGGUCCUCACGGCUGCCCACUGUCUUCUGUACCCACCUUGGGACAAGAACUUCACCGAGAAUGACCUUCUGGUGCGCAUUGGCAAGCACUCCCGCACCAGGUAUGAGCGAAGCAUUGAGAAGAUCUCCAUGCUGGAAAAGAUCUACAUCCACCCCAGGUACAACUGGAGGGAGAACUUGGACCGUGACAUAGCCUUGCUGAGGCUCAAGAAGCCCAUCACCUUCAGCAACUACAUCCACCCUGUGUGCCUGCCUGACAAGGAAACCGCAAUCAGACUGCUCCGCGCUGGAUACAAAGGGCGGGUGACUGGCUGGGGCAACUUGAAGGAGAUGUGGAUGCCCAACGUUGCCGAGGUGCAGCCCAGUGUCCUGCAGGUGGUGAACCUGCCCAUUGUGGAGCGGCCGGUGUGCAAGGCCUCCACUCGGAUCCGCAUCACCGACAACAUGUUUUGUGCUGGCUUCAAGCCCAGUGAAGGGAAACGAGGGGAUGCCUGUGAAGGCGACAGUGGGGGGCCCUUUGUCAUGAAGAGCCCCUUUAACAACCGCUGGUAUCAAAUGGGCAUCGUGUCAUGGGGUGAAGGCUGUGACAGGGAUGGAAAAUAUGGCUUCUACACACACGUGUUCCGCCUGAAGAAGUGGAUACAGAAGGUCAUUGAUCAGUCUGGAAGUUAGCGGGCUGCUCACAUUCUAGGCUCCUCACUGCAAAAUCACAGAAACCAAUCCAGCAGAAUUAUUUUUGUGGUUUGUUCCUAAAACUAUAUAGUUCUCAAUAAAAGUGCCGGUCAACAAGC